UGUAUGACGGCAGGAAACUGGCCCCCGUCGGUCUCUGCUGCCUCCGCACAGACAGAGUUUGCCGUUGGCGAGAGGAUUCUGGUGACCUGUCGCCAGGAACAGUACGAGGGGCGCCCGGCUUGGGUGCAGUGUAUGGAGACGGCUGGGCGCGUGGAGUGGGACACGAGCAAUGUGAGCUGUGUGGAAAAGUGCCGCAAACCCAGCUGGGCCUCAGCUCUGCGGUUCGAACCGGACAAGACGUAUUAUAGCUGGGAGGAGUCAGUGACCCUGAGCUGCCCUGAGGGGUUCGAACCCUCACAGCCCGUGAUCAGAUGUACCGGACAGGGGAACCGGAGUGUCUGGAAUCAGACUGCUGCCUGCCUGGAAAAAUGUGAAAUACCAAAACCCUGGGACCCCAGAUUGCAGUUUACCCCCGAGGGGCUGUUCUACGCCCUGGGUGACAUGGUGACACUGAGCUGCCCUGAGGGGUAUCGGCCAUCACCGCCUGCAAUCGAGUGUAUCAGAAAUGGGAACCAGUCUGUCUGGAGUGAGACACCCACUUGCCGGGGGGUUUGUACGAGGGCAGGAAACUGGCCCCCGUCGGUCUCUGCUGCCUCCACACAGACAGAGUUUGCCGUUGGCGAGGGGGUUGAGGUGACCUGUCGCCCGGAGCAGUACGAGGGGAGCCCGGCUUGGGUGCAGUGUACGGAGACGGCUGGGCGCGUGGAGUGGGACACGAGCAGUGUGAGCUGUGUGGAAAAGUGCCGCAAACUCAGCUGGGCCUCAGCUCUGCGGUUCGAACCGGACAAGACGUAUUAUAGCAGGGAGGAGCCAGUGACCCUGAGCUGCCCGGAGGGAUUCGAACCCUCGCAGCCUGUGAUCAGAUGUACCGGACAGGGGAACCGGAGCAUCUGGAAUCAGAUUGCUGCCUGCCUGGAAAAGUGUAAAGCUCCAGACACCGGGGACGCCAGGGUCCGGUUCGCCCUCGAGCAGCAGUUUUACAGCGCAGGGGACGCGGUGACAUGGAGCUGCCCUGCGGGGCACCGGCCCUCGCAGCCUGACAUCCGAUGCACUCGACAAGGGAGCCAGAGCGUCUGGAGUGCGACAGCCGCCUGCAUUGUGAUCCCCCGGAUCAUCCCAGGGGCCCUGGAGGUUUCACCCACCACCAUCAAACUGCGCUGGACUUGUGAGCCCCCCGAAUCCUGCCAGGGCAGCUGGAAGAUACGGGCCCAAUGCCGGCUGGAUGGACCCCGGUCGGGCUCCUGCCAGAGACAAGGGCUCACCAGAGAGCAGCCGUUACAGGGACGGGAUGGAACAGUAACGUGCAGCUCCCUGCACCCCUUCACCUCCUACAGUGUCACUAUCUCUGGGGGCUUCCCAGCGACCGGACCACCCAGCACUGUCCUUUAUACCCGGCGGGUCACCACGCGUGAAGCAGCCCCAGACAAACCCGAGAUCGAGCCGCUGGAUCUGAGCACCAAAACCCUUGGGUGGAAGCCGCUGCCGCCCUGCAAAGGGGCGAUCGUCGGGUACCAGCUGAACAUCACGGCCAGGAGAGAGUACGACAGCGAUUUCCUCGAGGUCGAGGAGCUGCGGGUGAAUCAGUCGGUUACCAAGUACCUGCUGCAGCCCUGGAGACACGGGACCAACUACUCGGUGACAAUCCAGGGCCUCACGGCUGCCGGCCUCGGGCAGGCGUCGCGCUGGGACUUUGAAACCAACAUCUCUGAGCCAGCCAUCCCCGCCAACAUCACCGCCCUGAGCGUCUACAGCAUCUCCCUGUCGAGCGGGACGGCUCUGCUCCCCCUGCAGCCCUUCUCUGAGCUCCAUGGACCCAUCAGGGAGUAUCAGAUCAUCGUAUCUGCGCUGCGGAACGGCAGCGAAGCGGACGCCUGCCGCUCACCGGGUCUGCAGCCGUUCAACUCCAGCCUGGAGCGCGACGUGUACCUGGCUGCCGUGCUCCCCGCGCACAACCUCACAGGCCCGACUGACUUCGUGCUGGGCGACGGGACCCGUCACGACGGGUACUACAAUGCUCCCCUCCGCCCCCACAGGAACUACACGGCCUUCGUCCGCGUCGUCAGCCGCUGGAACCAGGUGGAGAAAUCCAGCUGUGUGCGCUAUGACUUCUCCGUUGGAGAGGCCCAGACGCCCCAGGCCGGGGGCCUGGCGGUAGCCGUGGCAGUGCUGGUGGUGCUGGUGCUGCUGGCCGCAGGGACCCUGCUGCUGUGGUUCGUGGUCGCCAGGAAGAAGCGGAACGACUCAAAGGACCACAAGAGCAAUGGGGCAAUCCCCCUGAAGAGGAACCGAGGAGGUGCAAGCAGGCUGCGCACGCAGAUCCCGGUGGCUGAACUGCUGGAGUCUCUGAAGCGGUUUAAGAAAGCGGAACUGGAGGAGGAGGGGGCCGAGGACGACACAAAUUCCGAACGGCCCCCAGUGGGGCGCAAUGCGGAGUACCAGAAACUGGUCUCGGGUUUGCUGCACCCAGGCCAUGCUGGCAAGGAGCCCUGCAACCAGGCCAAGAACCGCUACAAGAGCGUCAUCCCAUACGAUCACUGCCGGGUGGUGCUGCAGUCCGCUAGCCCGGGAGCUGAUUACAUCAAUGCCAGCUACGUCGAUAGUUACAGGAGCCCCCGCUUCUUCAUCGCUGCUCAGGGCCCGCUGCCUGGCACCGUGGUGGAUUUCUGGCAGAUGAUCUGGCAGGAGAAGACCUUGGCCAUUGUGAUGUUAACGGGCCUGGUGGAGCAGAACAAGACCAAGUGUGAGCAGUACUGGCCGGAGGGCGAGCAGGUGUACGGGGACUUCACGGUGACACUCAGCAACACCUGGAUAACCACGGGCCUGGUCACACGCACCUUCCGCCUGCAGAGGGCCGGUUCUCCUCUCCCGAGACACAUACAGCAGUUUCACUACCUGCUGUGGCCAGACCACGGGGUCCCCAGCAACGCGGCCCGGCUCCUGCAGCUGGUGGAGAUGGUGAACGAGAGGGUGUCGGAGGCGCCUGCCGGCCCCGUGCUCGUGCACUGCAGUGCAGGGAUCGGCCGCACAGGCACCUUCAUCGCCCUGGACUUCCUCCUGAAGAUGGCGCGAGCCGAGGGCAGCGUGGAUGUCUUCCGCUGCGUGCAGAGGCUGCGGGAGCAGCGGGUCAGCAUGGUGCAGACAAAGGAGCAGUACAUCUUCCUCUACGAGGUGCUGCUGGAGGGACUGCUGUGUGGGAACACCGGGGUCCUGGCGGAGAGCGCCCCCAGCCACGUCAGCCGCCUACGCCAGCCCGAUGCCCAGACACAGAUCAACGGGUUCUCGCGGGAGUUCAAGGCCUUGCAGAAGUUUUCCGAACUCUCCGCGCUCGCCCCAUGCAAGGAGGCCCAGCAGCCCAGCAACCAGCCCAAGAACCGCAAGCCGGCGAUCCUGCCAGCGGAUUGCAGCCGCCCCAUCCUGAUGUCCUCCCUGAAAGCGGACGGCUCGCCUGGCUACAUCAACGCCGUCUUUGUCAGCACAUACCUGGCGUUCUGGCCUGCGCACGGAGAGGCCUCUUACGGCCGUUUCCACGUCAAGCUGAUCUCGGAGGAGCCGGGAGCCGGCUUCACCAUCCGCACACUUGCUGUAACCAACAGGCAACAGCCUAAGAAGGCCGCGCUGGAGAUCAGGUUGUGGCAAGUAGACGACUGGCCCAUGCAGCAGCAGCUCCCCCCACGCCCUGCCACCAUCAUCAGCCUGCUGGGGGAGGUGGAGCGGAGCCAGCGGACAAGCCAGGACAGCCACGUGCUCGUCACUUGCUGGGACGGUGCCAGCCGCUGCGGGCUCUUCUGUGCCGCCAGCUUCGUGUGCGAGCAGAUCCGCAGCGAGGCGCUGCUGGACGUCUCGCAGGCGGUGAGAAUGCUGAAGCGCCGGCGCCAGCAGAUGAUCAAGGACGUGGCGCAGUACACGUUCUGCUACGAGUUAGCCCUGAGCUACCUGGACUCAGUCAAAAUCUAUGGGAAUUUCAAAUAGAGGCGAGCAAGGGACCGUCUCGAGUCAGGACCUGCCACUGCUCCUGCUUCUCGUGGCACCUCCGUGCUGCUCUGUGCCCGGGCAGACGCCCUGUCCUGGGGAGCGAGCUGGGGCCACGGAACCUGGCAGAGACGAGGAGGGUCCUGGUGGUGCCGGCUGGGACGCUCUGGACUCCUGACACUCCAUACCCUGGAGCCCACGCAGCUGGCUGAAGCAGACGAUAUCCUCUGGGAUCAUUUCCAGGGCGUGGGUUGAUCCCAAACUUUGCCCAGCCAGGGACUUGGGCGGUAACUUACCUGGAGCCAGAGCGAGUGUGCACUGUGACGUCUCAGGGUUAGCCGAGGUGUCCGGGGGGAGUCGCUACCGCCGCUCACAGCGGGAGGGAGCCCUGGCCAUGCCUACCAGGAAAACUCUCUCAGAGUCCCGGCUGCCGGCAACACAAGCUCUCCACUCCGGGCUCCGCCAGCCCUGUGCCUUCCCUCUGCAGGCUGGUCAUUUACACGCCCUGCCCGGUUCCACUCCCGGGCCUGAUCCUGUGUCUCCUGGACCCCAGCAACACACACCGAUCUGCUGCCCUGUGGAAACGGCGCCUCAGUGUACCAGCUUCACCUCGGUUCAACCCACAUUUUAGGUGCAGUCCAGCCUGUUGUCUUGUAAGCAAGGAGCAUGGCCCAGUGCUGGGGCAGCACCUGUACCAAGGAAAACCCAAUCCCCAGAUUCCUGUUUGUUGCCUUAUCGUCAUUAGAACAGGAGUCCUGGUGGCACCUUAGAGACGAACACAUUGAUUUGGGCAUAAGCUUUCGUGGGCUACAGCCCACUUCAUGGGAUGCAUGGAA